AUGGCUGCCGCGAUGGCCAACCAAUUUGACAUCAGCAGCUAUGCACCGGAGGAUGUGAUCACCCGAGAUGUGUGCAUCAUUGGGGGAGGAUCCACGGGUACCUACGCUACCAUCAACCUCAAAGAUCGCGGACAAACAGUGGUGGUAGUGGAGAAGGAAGCGAUUCUGGGCGGCCACACGAAUACCUACACAGAUCCCCAAACCGGCAAGAAGAUCGACUACGGUGUGCACAGCUACUCCAAUUACUCAGUGGUCCGCGACUUCUUCGCCCGGUUCGAUAUCCCGUUGAGCAAGUACACCUUUGGCGCCAAACAUCAGGCCUUUGUGGAUUUCCAAACGGGCGAGCAGUUCCCUGAGUUCAAGCCGUCCUUCGAUUUCUCGGCCUACAGUACGCAGCUGGCCAAAUACCCGUAUCUACCCACCAGUUGGGCCCUGCCCGAAAUGGUCCCCGAGGAUCUUCUCCUGCCGUUCCGAGAUUUCAUCACCAAGUACUCGCUGCAGGACAUUGCGUUUACCAUCUGGGAGUACUCCUGGGGCUGUGGUGACAUUUUGGGACAGCCAACUGUGUACAUGCUCAAAGCCGUGGACCAACCGUUUGUGGAAGGGCUGGAGCAGGGGCUUCUCACUACCGCUCGACUGAACAACCAUGAGAUCUACGAGAAGGCCCUCGAGGAGCUAGGCUCGGAUGCCCUGGUCUCCAGUACCGUGAGUGCCGCGCAACGCAACGAGGGCGAGAAGGUCAAGCUAGUCAUUCAAACGCCCAAAGGCAAGAAGCUAGUGGUCGCCUCCAAGGUGCUUGUGACAAUGCCGCCCAAGAUCGAGAACAUGGAACCAUUGGGCCUGGACACGCAGGAGAAGUCUAUCUUUGCGCAGUUCGACAACAGCGCCUGGUAUGUCUUCGUAGUCACCGACACCGGUCUGCCUGUGGGCUAUAGCUUCCAGAAUGUGCGGCUCUCCAGCGACAGCACCUUCAAGAUCCCGCCUCUUCCCGGAAUGUAUAACCUCAACCCCACUCCGGUUGACGGGAUCUUCGCUGGAUGGUACGGCGGGCCAAAUUCCGUCUCUAUGGAGGAUGCCCAAUCCGAUAUUCUCAAAUCCAUCGUCCGUCUGCGCGACGAGUUUGGUGUCUCCAGUACUGAAACCCCUCGUUUCUUGGCCUGUAACAGCCACACCCCUUUCCAACUGACUGUUCCCGCCGAUGCAAUUCGCGACGGGUUCUAUGAGAGUCUCGAAGGACUGCAGGGUUACCGGAACACUUGGUACACCGGGGCAGCCUUCCUCUCGCACCACGCGGGUGCGUUGUGGAACUACACACACGAGUUGCUGCCCAGUAUUGUUGAUGCAGCAUGA